CAGGCGCUGGUGGCCGCGGUCGGACUGCGCACAGGGCACUCCUUCAGAGGGACCGCUUUUCUGGAAGCCACCGGCACAGGCCUUCUUCCCAUCAUCUCUGAUCAGUUUGAUCUCUUCAAGGACAUCGUCUUCGCAGGCUUUUGUUUCCAGUCUCAUAGUCUUCUCGUGCAGUUCUUGGCGCCCUGCAGCUUGGCAUACUCUCUUCUGAUCCACGUGUACUUCAUUUGCGACGAUUCUGUUUUGGCGGAACUGUCUCAGUGCUACAUCCCUCUCCUCUUGCUACGCUCCAGCCCACCGAGCAUCGACGUGGAGGUCGCGGAGGAUGGAAACACGGUCGCCUGCAGCGUGUGGCCGAUCUUCUACCGGCAGACCACGCCAACCAAGCGUUGGGUGCUGCUUUUAGAGAAUCUGCCGCAGUGCGUCCUCGCUGCCGUCUUUCUCAAGCUUCAGGGAGUCUCACUGCUUGUGGCGAUUCUGAACCUGCUUUGCCCUGUGCUUCAGCUCUCCUUGGCCUUUCUCCUCUUCCACCCGCUGCGACGCGCCUCGGGGCCCUUCUUGGGACAUCGUGUGGCGCGUGCCUUGCAGGACCACGAUUGCCACUAUGCGCAACGUUUGUGGGAGGAGGCCGAGGCUGAGAAGGACUUGGACUUGUUCAAGGCCAUGUUGCCGGAAAUCCGUCAACUCCGACAAGCCUUCCAACUGCAGGUGGGGGAGCCGCUCAGCGAGGACAGCUUGCUGCUGAUCCGCGAGUGGUGGCCGGUCCUGGUGGAGCAAACCACUGAGGUGAGCCUCUACGGACACGACCUGCAGGCUGACGGCGCCAAGGUUCUCUCCAAGGCGCUCGAGGUGAAUCGAUCGCUGCAGAAGUUGAGCCUCGUGGGGAACGCCUUGAGCGACUUCGGAGUCCAGGUGUUGGCCUCAGCAGCAAAGAGUUCAGUCCUGGAGGAACUGUACGUGGCAGCGCUGAAGAACAAAGAGAAGAGCAAGGCUUUGGCGCAGUUCAUGGCUGGGAAGAGUCGCCAGAACGAUCUGGACCUCAAGGAGUGCCUCUCGAAUCCCAUCGCCAAGGUGGAAGCAAGGUCCUUUGUGAAGCUUAUGGAGCAGGUGAACCAAAUGGGCCUGGGCCAGCUGCGUCCGCUGGGCAUGAUGAAGGCCCCACUGCGCCCAACUGGGCGUUUGGUCGUCGAAUGUGCCAUGCGAAAUGGGGAUGGAUGUCCAGAUUUCAUGACCUCUGUGGGCCAGCUGGACCUCAUCCAUUUGGUUUGGGAAGCUCAGAAGCCUGACAACUCUGCAGGAGAGGAUGAUGUCCCUGAACAAGCGACAGAAGAUGCCUCCGGCGCCCUCGAGAACGUGCGUUCAGAAGCCAGCGAUGUGGCUAUCCCGGGGCCUUCGACGCCGGAGGAAGCUCAAGAAGUCUUGGAAGCCUUGGAGGCCUUGCGUGUGGUGGCGCAGAAGGAAUCGGUCAGAGGAAUCCAACGCCUGGUGAAGGAUUUUCAGAAGGUGGACCGCCUGGAACGCUUGGAGCGCGGCAUCGAGCUACUGGACAAAGCGAGGUUGCUCCCACGCCUUGGAGGCACCUCCUCCGCUCCCAAGAGCGAUUUCGAGCCUUGGAGCCACCUGGUGUCCAUUGUGAAUGCUUUUGGCGGACCGGAAGAUUUCAACAAGCGGGUGGAGGCCGUCAACCUUCAGCACUUCGAUGAAUGUCUCGAUGUACUCAACGCGGCCGGUUUGACCCGCAAGCCCGGACAAGAGGCAAUGAACAGCCGCGACUUUAGCAGUGCAGUGUCCGCAUGGAAGGAGGUCGUGGGCAUCUUAGUGACUGCUGGAGGCCCAGCCCUGUUUCUGGAGAGCUUGAAGGGCAUCGCUGUCGAGGACUUCCUGCGAAUGGUGGGCUUACUCAGACAAGCUGGGCUGGCCCGACCCCUGGACGAUGAGGAUGGCGUCGAGAUGACACGAAGGCCAUCCUUCUCAUAUGGCUAUGGCGAGAGCGCAGGCAGAAUCCGGAAUGAGAUGCUGCAGGACUUUGUCCAGAGAGUGAUCCAGGCCGGUGGCUUUCACGCCUUUUGGCAUGCGCUGAAGGGUGUAGAUCUCAUGAAGCUCAAAGGCGACCUCCAUUGCCUAGCAGUGAUCCGCCGGAAGUUGCAGGAAUUGAUCGCCGAGGACUGGUGGCUGGCGGUGCACGAUGCCGAAGGUUUGGAGGAGCUGCUCCAUUCGGCGCUGGCCGAGAGGAAGCGCCGGGCUGACGACCUGACGUUGAAGCAGCGGCAACAACUGGUCAAGCGCUUUCGUGAGGUGGGUGGCGUGGAAGCCUUCCUGGAUGGCUUUGCGAACAUCAACCUCUCGCAGAUGCUCCAACAACACAAGGCGCUUCACAAGGCUCGCAUCCGGGACGUCGGGGUGAUCGAAGCUCUGUCGAAGAUCGGUGAGCUGGUGAAGAACAAGGUGGAACAUCUCCAUGGACUUCAGGCAGUAGCUGCUACCUUGGUGCGCUGGGGAGAUCGACAUUAUCGAGGAGAAGAGCCCGUGCGAUUGUGGAAGGCGAUGCAUCAGCAGGUCACCUGGCUCUUGAUGGCCAUCGAGGAGAAUGGCGCGCUGUUGAAGGCGACUGUGAACCACGGAAACCAUCCUGGGAAGGAACCUGAACUGACCCCAGCACGGCUGGCGCAGUUUCUCCAAGCUCUUCGACCCGUGGGUGGCGUCCCAGGCUUCUUGGCCGCCUUCCGCGGCUUGGACUUCCCCAUGGCUGCAGCACAGGCCCGGAUAUUGCAUGAUGCUUGUGUCCGCAGCAAGGAGACCACCAAGCGCUUAGCCGUGAUCUUCGGCCUGCUACGCUUCAACCUGACGCAGCUGCGGGGCUUGGAACACUUCCUCCGGAACUUCGUGGCGCCGGUCUUCGCUGAGGCCGGUCCGUGGUGGGAGCGGGUGGAAGUGAGCGAAGGUGGAGUGAUCGCCAGUGAGUAG